UUUUGAGUUUGACAGCGCCUGGUCAGGUACCCACCUUUUGGCAUACGUGAAUGCAUUGUUUAUAAGGCACAGAUGCAGCACCGGUUGUUAGGAACAUUGUCCCUUUUUACUUCGAAAUAAAACCUUGUGACGUGGAGAAAGGAGACGCACGAUUUAUUCUUCGCUUAAGUAGCUUGUUGCUAUUUAUUUCCAGAUACACGAUUGCAUCCUUUAAUUCUUUUAAACAAAAAGGUGUCAUAAAUAAUGAACAUAAUCCAACUAAGACGCUCCAGGUUACUGAGACUUCUAACCGUUUUGUUAUUGGUAGCAUGUGUGCUGUUUUUUGCUAAUCGAAAUCCAGUUGCAAAUGCAGAGAACUCUCAAAAUGAUCACCUGAAAGCACCAUCCCAUCAGGUGAAGAAGCUAUCUGUCUUCACACCUGACAAAUUGGGAAACUUUGAGCCCCCAGCAGAAGAACCAAAAUCAGGCCCAGGUGAAGGAGGAAAACCUCAUGUACUGCUUCCCGAUCAAAGAAAUGAGGCCAGUCAAUCAAUUUCUGAGUUUGGCAUGAACAUGGUGGUCUCUGAUGAAAUCAGCCUUUCUAGAACAAUUAGUGAUACAAGAACUCCUGAAUGCAAACAUUGGAGUUAUCCAGAGGACUUACCAAAGGCCAGUGUGGUCAUUGUUUUCCACAAUGAGGGAUGGUCUACUCUUCUACGAACUGUUCAGUCUGUUAUUGAUCGUUCUCCGCCUCAGUUUUUAGAGGAAGUUCUGUUGGUUGAUGACUUCAGCGAGAAAACUCAUUUGAAACGGAAACUGGAGGAUUUCAUAGAGAGAUAUAAUGGAAAAGUCCGUCUAAUACGUAAUAAGGAACGUGAAGGAUUGAUUCGAACACGGACCCGAGGAGCUGAAGAAGCUAGAGGAGAAGUUGUUCUCUUUCUUGAUGCGCACUGUGAAGUAGGGCUUAAUUGGCUUCCCCCUCUACUCUACCCUAUAUAUUUGGACAGAACUACUAUGACUGUACCGCUUAUUGACGGAAUCGACCAUGAAAACUUUGAGUAUAGGCCCGUCUAUCAAGGCGAAACAAAUUUUCGUGGUAUUUUUGAAUGGGGCAUGUUGUACAAGGAAAAUGAAGUACCAGAAAGGGAGGCACAAACAAGAACUUACAACAGUGAACCAUACAAAGCUCCAACUCACGCAGGAGGCCUUUUUGCCAUUGACCGAUCAUAUUUCCUUGAGAUUGGAGCUUACGAUCCUGGUCUCCUAGUGUGGGGAGGAGAAAAUUUUGAGCUCUCCUUUAAGAUUUGGCAGUGUGGAGGUAAAAUCCUCUGGGUUCCUUGUUCGCGUGUCGGACAUGUUUAUAGAGGUUUUAUGCCUUAUACUUUCGGAAAGCUAGCUGCGAACAAAAAGGGCUCCCUCAUUACCAUCAACUAUAAGCGUGUGAUAGAGGUGUGGUUUGACGAAAAGUAUAAGGAGUUCUUUUACACGCGAGAGCCGACGGCCCGUUUCCUUGAUAUGGGAAAUAUCACACAACAGCUGGAAAUGAAGAAAAGACUCAAUUGUAAAAGUUUUGCAUGGUUUAUGAAAGAGGUGGCGUAUGACGUGCUGGAUAAGUACCCUGAACUUCCAGCUAAUUCACAUUGGGGGGAGCUUCGUAAUACAGCGGCUCAUCAAUGUUUGGAUACCAUGGGUCACCAGCCUCCAAGUCUGAUGGGAAUUUCACAUUGUCAUGGCUUUGGCAAUAAUCAGCUAUUCCGCUUGAAUAAAGCAGGGCAAUUGGGUGUAGGUGAGCGCUGUGUCAACGCUGACAGCCAGGGUGUCAAACUAGUUGUUUGUCGUCUUGGAAGUGUUGAUGGGCCCUGGGAAUAUGACGAAGAUUCGAAAACGUUGCUGCACAAAGGUGUUAAAACGUGUUUGGCCGUCCAUCCCCAGAACAACCACCUAACGCUACUUCCGUGUGACGCUGCCAACAACUACCAUCGAUGGGAAUUUCGUGAGAUUGAGCCGAAGUAGUUGCGCUGUUAAGUGUUUUUUUCUUGUAACAAAUUUUGCUGCCUUUGCCAUUCUUCUUCGUGUAUGGCGUGUUGAAAAUGCAAUGUUUCUAUAUCACACAAUCUAAUUUUUGUCUCACCCUCUUCAAAGUGUGCUGGUUUCUUUUUCACACCAAAGUUGUUGCAACCUACUUGUACUGUGAUGCGCAUCUGACGACUGACCAUAUUAUCUCCCUCCAUUCCGGGUGCAAUCUAAACAGCGAGCGUUCCAUUGUUUCUCUGUCUAUCAUUUGUGAAUUCUGAGCCUUGUUAAUGGAGUUGUUCUUCUUUUUGUGUUUGUCAUUCCUGGUUGUGGGGUAUAUCUUGGGUGUCUCGGAUUUGAAUAAAAAUUCACUAGUUUGGCUUCAGAAA